AAUGCUGUGACUCGUUUUCUUUUUGUAAAGAGUUGGGUGUAUGCGUGUGUGGAUGCUGGCACUGAGAACUGUGCUGCUGGUUAACGUGAGAACAGUAUUAAGGAUGUGAAAUACGUGCCCGUGGUGUGUGCUGGCACAGAGAACAAGCUGAGCUCCCUCUCCGACCUGGAGCAGCAGUACCGGGCCCUGCGCAAGUACUAUGAGAACUGCGAGGUAGUUAUGGGCAACCUGGAAAUCACCAGCAUCGAGCACAACAGAGACCUCUCCUUCCUGAGGUCUAUCAGAGAAGUCACAGGCUAUGUUUUGGUGGCUUUGAAUCAGUUUGAAUACCUGCCCCUGGAGAACCUGCGCAUCGUUCGUGGGACCAAGCUCUAUGAAGACCGAUACGCUCUGGCAAUAUUCCUUAACUACAGGAAGGAUGGUAAUUUUGGACUCAGGGAACUUGGCUUGAAGAACUUGACAGAAAUACUGAAUGGAGGGGUGUAUGUUGGCCAGAACAAAUUUCUUUGCUUCGCAGACACCAUUCAUUGGCAGGAUAUCGUGCGUAACCCCUGGGCCUCCAACUUCACUUUGGUUCCAACGAAUGGCAGCUCAGGAUGUGGUCGAUGCCACAAGUCCUGCACAGGCCGAUGCUGGGGACCCACAGAGAAUCACUGCCAGACCUUAACAAAGACAGUGUGUGCAGAGCAGUGUGAUGGACGGUGCUACGGGCCCUACGUCAGCGACUGCUGCCACCGGGAGUGCGCUGGAGGCUGUUCCGGACCCAAAGACACUGAUUGCUUUGCCUGCAUGAAUUUCAAUGAUAGCGGAGCGUGUGUCACACAGUGCCCCCAGACAUUCGUGUACAAUCCUACUACCUUCCAACUGGAACAUAAUCACAAUGCCAAGUACACGUACGGGGCUUUCUGCGUCAAGAAGUGCCCACACAACUUUGUGGUAGAUUCCAGCUCUUGUGUCCGUGCAUGUCCAAGCUCCAAGAUGGAGGUUGAAGAAAACGGUAUUAAGAUGUGUAAGCCCUGCACUGACAUUUGUCCUAAAGCGUGUGAUGGCAUUGGAACAGGGAGCUUAGUGUCAGCUCAGACGGUGGAUUCCAGCAACAUUGACAAGUUCAUAAACUGCACUAAGAUCAAUGGCAACCUGAUCUUCCUUGUUACUGGGAUUCAUGGGGAUCCAUAUCACACAAUCGCAGCCAUUAAUCCUGAGAAAUUAAAUAUUUUCCAAACAGUGAGAGAGAUAACAGGGUAUUUGAACAUACAGUCGUGGCCUGAGAACAUGACUGACUUCAGGGUUUUUUCUAACUUGGUUACUAUUGGUGGAAGAGCUCUGUAUAGCGGCCUUUCCUUACUCAUCCUGAAGCAGCAAGGCAUUACCUCUUUACAGUUCCAGUCCUUGAAGCAGAUCAGCGCUGGUAACAUCUACAUAACAGACAACAGCAAUUUAUGCUACUACCACACAGUCAACUGGACCAGCCUUUUCAGCACACCCAGCCAAAAGACGGUGAUUCAUCGAAAUAGAAAAGCAGAGAACUGCACUGCUGAUGGAAUGGUGUGUAAUGAAUUAUGCUCAAGCGAUGGCUGUUGGGGGCCAGGGCCAGACCAGUGUCUCUCCUGCAAGCGCUUCAUCAGGGGGAGGACCUGCAUAGAGUCUUGUAACCUGUAUGAUGGGGAGUUUCGAGAGUUUGCAAAUGGUUCUGUUUGUGUGGAGUGUGAUCCCCAGUGUGAGAAGAUGGAAGACAACAUGAUCACAUGCUAUGGGCCGGGGCCUGACCACUGCACAAAGUGUUUCCAUUUUAAGGAUGGUCCGAACUGUGUGGAGAAAUGCCCCGAUGGCUUACAGGGGGCCAACAGUUUCAUUUUCAAGUAUGCUGAUGAGGAUCGCGAGUGCCAUCCGUGCCAUCCAAAUUGCACCCAAGGGUGUAGAGGUCCAGCUAGUCAUGACUGCAUUUACUAUCCAUGGACACGACAGUCCACUUUACCACAACAUGCUAGAACCCCUUUGAUUGCUGCGGGAGUUAUUGGUGGCCUCUUCAUCAUCGUCAUCAUGGGCCUGACAUUUGCUGUGUACGUUCGACGCAAGAGCAUUAAAAAGAAGAGAGCGCUGCGGAGGUUCCUGGAGACUGAGCUUGUGGAACCCUUGACUCCAAGUGGUACGGCACCCAACCAAGCUCAGCUUCGCAUCCUGAAGGAAACUGAGCUGAAACGAGUGAAGGUUCUUGGCUCUGGAGCCUUUGGAACUGUAUACAAGGGUAUUUGGGUCCCCGAGGGAGAAACUGUGAAGAUUCCUGUGGCCAUUAAGAUCCUUAAUGAGACCACUGGUCCCAAAGCCAACGUCGAAUUCAUGGAUGAAGCCCUCAUCAUGGCCAGCAUGGAUCACCCACACCUGGUGAGACUCCUGGGCGUCUGCUUGAGCCCGACCAUCCAGCUCGUCACUCAGCUGAUGCCUCAUGGCUGCCUGCUGGAUUAUGUUCAUGAACAUAAGGACAAUAUUGGCUCCCAGCUUCUGCUAAACUGGUGUGUCCAAAUAGCAAAGGGAAUGAUGUACCUGGAAGAGAGAAGACUUGUGCACCGGGACUUGGCAGCCCGCAAUGUCCUGGUGAAAUCACCAAACCAUGUGAAGAUCACCGACUUUGGCCUGGCCAGACUUCUGGAGGGGGAUGAGAAGGAGUAUAAUGCUGAUGGAGGGAAGAUGCCAAUUAAGUGGAUGGCUCUGGAGUGUAUACACUACAGGAAAUUUACCCAUCAGAGCGAUGUCUGGAGCUACGGAGUCACUAUCUGGGAGCUUAUGACCUUUGGUGGAAAGCCAUACGAUGGGAUCCCGACUCGAGAGAUCCCAGACCUCCUGGAGAAGGGAGAGCGGUUGCCCCAGCCUCCAAUCUGCACUAUUGAUGUUUAUAUGGUGAUGGUGAAAUGCUGGAUGAUCGAUGCUGACAGUCGGCCUAAAUUCAAGGAGCUGGCUGCUGAGUUUUCUAGAAUGGCUCGAGACCCCCAGAGGUACCUGGUAAUUCAGGGAGACGAUCGUAUGAAGCUGCCCAGCCCAAAUGACAGCAAGUUCUUCCAAAACCUUCUCGAUGAGGAAGACCUGGAAGAUAUGAUGGAUGCUGAAGAGUAUCUUGUUCCUCAAGCCUUCAACAUCCCUCCUCCCAUCUACACUUCCAGGACAAGAAUUGAUUCCAACAGGGUCAUGAAGUCGAAAUUUCCUUGCACGCCCUUGCUGAGAAGCAGAAUGAACCAGUUCGUGUACAGAGAUGGCGGCUAUGCUGCAGAGCAGGGAGUGCCGAUGCCGUACAGAGCUCCUGGCUGCGUCAUCCCAGAAGCCCCAGUUGCUCAGGGGGCGACGGCCGAGAUCUUUGAAGACACCUGCUGCAACGGCACGCUGCGGAAGCAGGUGGCCACGCUGGCAAAGGAGGACAGCAGCACCCAGAGGUACAGCGCUGAUCCCACAGUCUUCAUACCGGAGCGGGUGAUCCGGGGAGAGCUGGAUGAGGACGGCUACAUGACGCCAAUGCGAGACAAACCCAAAACAGGUAAUUACCUGAAUCCAGUGGAAGAGAACCCAUUUGUCUCUCGGCGAAAGAACGGAGAUCUGCAAGCUGUGGAUAACCCAGAGUAUCACAACGCUCCGAACGGGCAGCCCAAAGCAGAGGAUGAGUACGUGAAUGAGCCAUUGUACCUCAACACUUUUGCAAACACCUUGGAAAACGCUGAGUACGUGAAGAACAAUUUGCCAGAGAAAGCCAAGAAGGCCUUUGACAACCCAGACUACUGGAAUCACAGCCUGCCCCCACGAAGCACUCUCCAGCACCCGGACUACCUGCAAGAGUACAGCACAAAAUACUUUUACAAACAGAACGGACGGAUCCGGCCCAUUGUGGCAGAGAAUCCCGAAUACCUCUCCGAGUUCUCCCUGAAGCCUGGCACUGUGCUGCCCCCGCCACCCUACAGACACCGGAACACAGUGGUGUAGUAACCGCGGUCUUACAGAAGUGGAAAGGCAACCCCUUCUAGCUGCCUCACUCUUUCUCUUUUCCUCCUUCUCCCUUCCCUACUCCCCUUUUUUCCUCCCACGAGCUUCCUCUUCUUGCCAGUUCACUCAUUUUUGCUAUUUCCAAGUGAAAGGAUGUCUUGGAGUCAUUUGCGGAUUGGGUUGGGAACCGGAAAAGAAGGAAGGAAGGAAGGAGACGGAGAGGAGGAGUGUACAGCUGGUGUUUCUCGCCUUCCGCAGAUCUGAGGGGCAGGUGGUCAGAGAAACCAGACAGUACAGAAAAUCCGUGGCAGUGUUGCCUGCUGUCAAGCUAGUCUCAGUGAUUCCACCCAGACGCCGUAGGGGAAGCCACAGAGAGGCUGUCUCUCUCAGGAGGAACUGAUGAGUCUGUACAGCAUUCCUGGAAAUCUCAAUGCAGUUUCCAUUAGGGGGAAAAAUGGACAAUUUUUAUAUCAUGUGUAAUAGCACAGUAAUUGAGAUUGAGAAUCCAGUUUCUUUCUCUAAUACUUUCUAUCCCAGCAACUGAAAAUGGCUAACUUGGCUUUUCAUAAUCGUUCAGAUCUUCAUCGUGGCUUUCCCAGAAAUGAUGAUGUGACUCUGAGAGCUGGCGCAGUCCUUGUUCUGAGAGCUACAUCAUCAUUUUGUGCCACUUCCUAACCGCAGAGACUCCAGCUCAGAACUGGUGCUUGACGUGACCAUUUUUGUAUAUGUGCCAACAGGACAAAUGUUUUAAACAGAAAAAUCCUUUCAGAAAUGAGUAACAAAGCCCCCACCCCCCGCGUGUUCUUCUUGAACCGGAAAGGACAGGCCAAGAAAUCAAGAUUUGUACGUAAAAGGCUCCGUUUUCCUGUUUUAUACCUGCCGACCAUAGGUACAUAAACGCAAAUACACUCUUCCCUCUUUUUCUUCUUUGGGAUCACGAAGGUGGUUGGGGAUGCUGUCAGGCAAUGCUGAGGACGAGACGGAGCACUGGAGAGUUCACUGUGGGUCACGGAGUCAGCCCAGCUCUCUGUGGGGUGCUGGCGGGAAGCGUCCUUGAAACUGGAAGAAAGAAAGACACUGGACUGGAGAAAACGCACAUAGAAGUUCACUGGAAAGUUAGUUUGCACUUAAGCUCUGAUUUUAUUUGAACUGUUUUCUGGAUUUUGAAUGAAGCAAUAUGGAAGUGACCAGCAAAAUACAAAAUAAUAAUUUUAAAUUAAAAAAAGUGAAUUAUAUGUAAAGGAUGACUGUGGAAAUGCCAAAAUGAAGCAUAUCAAGUCUUUGGUAAAAUGUCCACCAGUUCGGAGAGGCGUUGCAUUGACUGUUUCAGAGAACACAGUGACAGAGCAGCCAGCUCUUACCGCUGCCACGUGAAGGACAGCAGAGCAAGCCCUGGAAGGGAUCCAAGGAGGAGAAUGCCUUGCUCCGGCGUGCAGCACAGUACGGAAUGCUUUUUUCUAACAGGAAGAUUACUCUGUCACAGAACACAGUGUACAUGAUGUUUGCUAAGUCAAAAUGCGCAUGACUCACAGAGCUUUCAGUCCCAAAAUGUAAACAGGUACGAGUUGGCCUCCCUGCACUGGGUUCCGCGUUCAUUAGCCUCAGUUUUUAGGUAGAAACCUGCACACCCCUCCUCCUGUUGGGAAGGAACCAUCAGCCGCUGUUUAGGACGCGUUAGCAGAUGGAGCUGGGAGGGGUGGAGCAGUGCUGCUGAUGGCUUGUUCCUGGUGCGCCAACACGUCCUGUGUGAGCAUUUGUGUGCCUGGUUCCCGCUGAAAAUCUUGAGGUUGCAUUAGGUACCUGUAAAGAGGUGUCUGUGUCUCAUUAAGGCUUUUAGAAAGGGAGAGUAAUACCUGGUGGAGGGCAGUAUUUCAGUUUAUGCACUUCAGUACUAUUAAUGUCAAGAUCUUUGGGGUAAUCUGGCAACAAAACCAGCAACAACCAGUGCUCUGGAAAUUGUAUCUAGUUCCUCCACCAUCCUGCCUAUGAACACAGCUUGCAAUACUGACUGCAGUCCUGGUGGCUCGGGGGCAGCCUGACAAAAGGUAGGAGGAGUUUUCAGAGCUGGGUGCUUGGUGGUGGAAAGGAAACGUGUGAUUGCUGAGCCAGGGACGGUUUUGCCAACAGCCUGCUCCUGUGCCACGUGUGCCCAGCCCUGCUUGAGCCAGCCAAGCUCACCUCCAGCUGCAGGGUGCCGCGUGGGGCUCUUCAGAGCUACUGAAGGGAGAUGCUGGGCCAGAUGAGAACAGAGCAACUGACCAGCACACCACUGAGGUGAGAUGAGUGAUUAGGGAGCGUCACAUAGCUCAAAGACUGUGUCUCCUUCCGGCACCAUCUGUAGCAUUCUGAUUGUGAUGGGAAACAGAAGAUGGCACAUGCCGUCCUGGGGACCCUGCUCCUGGAAGGUUUGCUGGUGACAGUACCGAAGCAUGUAAGCAGCUUAGGUGCUGUAGGCAGAUGGAGCAGCGGGGGAAGGGGUGGUCAGUUUAUCCCUGAGCAGGUCAUACAACAGAGUAACUCCCAAUGGAGAAGAACAAUGGCUGUACUGCUCGUGCAUGAAUUCAGAGAGGGGCACAUGAAAGCGAUGGGGGGAGAGGGACGCACGUCUCCAAAAUCAGACAGCUGCUCAUGGAAGGUGGAGACCUGUUUGUUCCUCUGGUAAUAAAGUAAGUAGGACCGGUGUUAGAAAGAAACAAAAUGUAAAUAACAGUGUUCUUUAGCAUUUCUUACGUAGCUUGAAUUAUUUAUUCACUGUAAUCGUUGUUUGUGGGUAAGAUGCACUUGGUAGCGUGGAAACGCAGCGUUCCUUGGAUGGAGGCAGCCCUUGGGGCAGGCCGUCACCUGGCACUGAGGGCUAUCCACACACAAAGUGCAUUUUGUCAGCACAAAGCUGUAGGUGAGCAUUGGCAGAAUUAUUUUCUCCAUCUCUGAUUAAUUCUCUGGUUCUACAGUGGUAUCUAUACGCACCAGCAUCAGCUCCCGUGGGUUUUUCAUGGGCAGACACCUCUUGGUAGAUGUUUUCCUUUUGCUCAUGUACAAAAGAAAAGCAGUGCACUGCUUCUCAAGAGCAGAUACCUCCAUCAGCCUUUGUCUAAGGUAAAAACGCUAAACGAAGGAGAGCAAGAGCUGGUUUUCACCUUCUCUCUUGCAGUGAUCAUCUUAGGUGUUACCUGCCGAGCUGAGGGCUAGUUCUGACAGAAGUGGAAGCUGCACCUCAUUGAUUGCUCAAAUAAAUAUUAAUUUUGUUUUUGUUUUUUUUUGCAAAAUAGCUGAGGAGUUAAACGUGUAUGACCGUUUGCUUAGAUGCAGUGGAGUAUUCACGACUUGUCUUGAGUGCAUAGCAGCGAUUGGAAGCAUCACAUGGAUGUGCUCCAGGUACCCUAAGCUCAGCUCAGAGAUGUUUCUCCUGCUACAGAACAAAAAAUGGUUGCACUGACCCUGGAUCCCACCACUUGGUGGAAAUGCAGUCCAGAGUGCAGGAACCGUAUACAAUGAGCUCAUUUCGUGUGGUCCUCUGGGACAGUGAGGAGGAGCCCCGAAAUAGCGCGUGCAGGGCUGCUGUCUAAUUGGUGCUGGGGCCCGUGCACGCAGAGGGGAUCCAGUGCUUAUUGCCAGUCGAGAGCUGGGUGCAAGCUCAGGUAGGUGUUCAUCUCUUUUGAAGGCUCUUGAGCUCAAGGGGGACCUGUAGAAAAUAGGCUUUAACAAGGACUAAGCAAGCCUCGGGUGAUCAGUGACCUCUUGGGCUCUUAAAGACCAUCACCUCAGAACAGGCAGCGUCACCCGGAGUUCUCUUCUGCUAUUGUUUGUAAGAGAUGUUUUGACUUGCAAUAAUAUAAAAAAGACUGUACACCUGCUCAUUUCUAGAUCUGUCACUUGUAGUGUUUCCAUUAUUCUGGAUUGUAGAUCUCUGCUGCUGACAGAACAGCUCAUCUGUUGUUACACAUGCAGGAUUUGGGUUCCAAUGCCACUUCCACAAGCCAGGGCUGCACACAGGCAGGGGCUGGAGGGCUGCAGUACUACAUUUCCUCACACACAAAGAAGCACGGCUGUCCACGAGGGCAGCCUCAGCUGCUCAGAACAUGCCCUCGUUUUUAUUUUUGGCCUUUUGCUAAGUGUUAUGCAGGUAGAAGUGGCCACCAUUAAAGUGGGGUUUUCAAAUCAGGAAUAAAUAACAAUGUUCCGUGGUUUGAAGCGACUCUCAAAUGCCCAAGAAUGAAGGGGGACACGCGAGUCACUUUAUUGAAGCACAUGGUCACCCUGCACCACUCAGAUUUAGUAUCUGACGCUGUGAGGGGGCUCGCUGCUGUCACAGAGAUGACCGGAAGGUAAGGCUGAAGGUAAGGCAUCUCCAUUUGUCCCACGGCCAGGGCUGGUAUCUGUUCGUAGGCUGGGACAAGGCAGGGGAUCCUCUGGGAUCUGUGAAGUAUGACUGAUGGCAGUGGCACUUUCUGAAACACAGAGGAAGGUUGAAGUGGUGAGCCCAGCUGGUGGGGGGAGGUCUGUGCUGAGCUGAGGAGGAAGCUAAGGACAUAAUCCCUGUUAGGAAGUGUGAAUAGUUAGCGCUACUUUAUAAUUAGAGAGUUUUGAAUCUUGGUAAAGAGGAAUUUUGUAGAUUUGUAAGGCGUUAGGCCGUGUGAAUAGAUGCAUCCCCGUUCCUCUCUCCCCCAGAAAAAAAAAAUAAAGCCAUGAGAUUGUGCUCCGAAAGUGUCAUGGAUGGAACCACCAGGGCUAAGGUGCACCCUGCUGAUGGCAGCACCUCUGUCCCCGUGCCCUGCCUAGGCUGUGAGCCCUCUUAGGGAUAAAAACGCCCUAUUAUGUCCAUAGCGCUCCGAAGACUAAACCCUUUUGGGAUAACCACAGUAAUAAACUGUGAAUGGUAUUUUAUAAAUGUAGAUACGUACGCCGUUCCUUUGAGGUAAGGUAAUACGACAUAUGUAGCAUAAGCUGGUACUGCUGUUAAAUGGGUCGAUUAAUACUGAGCAGCUGUGUAAGGGGUAGCUAACUUUGAAUGCACUCAAGGCAGCGUUCCUUUGGAGAUGGGGCAGAAGGAAGUUGCUGGGUCCUCGCCUUCUCAUGGUGGGGCAUACUGAGAAUGCAGAUGAUUGAGAACACGGUUUUUAAUAGCAUUUCAGCGUUGGAAAUGGGUGUGCAUUUGUAACAUUAUUCACAAUGGUUUUCACCUUUUGGUUUGGUUUUUCUUCUGCCCAGUUUUUGACAUUUCCCCAGCAUGGUAAGCUGGAGUUUCUACAGAGGUAGCAACCCUAGGGUAAAGAGGGGAAAUGGAGGGGGAAAGCAGUCUCUCGGUAGAAACAGAGAUACCCAAAAUACGUUUGCUGUCCUUGCAGUCCUCGAAUUACGUGUUCUGUAGGGCAAAGCUCACCUUCCCAAACUGGGAGGGCAACGAGACUGGGCCCCAGCUGGGAGGAGUUGCAGGAGCAGCACCACUCCUGCCAGGGGGGCACAGCCCUGCAGGGAGAGGUGGAGGUAGGGGUGAGGGGACUCUGGUUUUGGGGCAGUUCUCUGGGUUCUAACAGCGUGAAGAGAUCAUGGCACAGUAGUUCUGCCUUAGAAGCACCUUCAGAAGAAGAGGAGCACCGGUUUGUCAGGGAAGACGCUCAUUUCGUGCAAAGCGAUGCAUUCAGAGUUAGCUGCCUUUCUGAAACAAAAACAGAAAAAUACAAAAACUACUGUAUGUUACUUUGAAAAUGUGAAUAGUAUUUUUAUAGCUUGUUAAAGACACAGCUAGUUGCAUUUGUAAAUAAGGAUAAUGUUGCUUUUAUUUUCCUUGUGGUCACCAUUAUUUGGAACAUAAUCGUCCUUAGGGUUGAUUUGUAUAUAGGUAAUUUGCUUGUGAUUUACGCGCUCCUUCCCCUUUUCUUUCUUCCCCUCCCACCCUCUGGUUUUGGUUAGAAAUACCAUUUUUGUCAUUCUGUGGGAUUCUGUGUUUUAGCACUAUUGUGGUGUGUUCAGACUUUCUGCACUUGCUUACACAGUAGGGUAUGCCAGUUGUGUGUGGCGUAACGUUACUUUAACCUUUCCUUUCUCAUAUUUUAGCUGUUGAGGAUUACGCACUGUUAAGACACUGACCUGGGUUAAUAUUAGGUACAUAUUUUAGCAUAAUUUCCCUUCUUUUCACGGUUUCUCGUUUGUUUUCUUUCUCUUUUUUCCUUCCCUCCCCUUCUGUCUUGUUUGGAGGCUGGGGAGAAGCCUGCAGACCUUCUCUGUGUGUGGUUAUACUUUGCCCCCCCGUGUGCAGUCCCACGUUUCUCCUCAUGGCCCUUGGGGUAGAGCUUAAUCUGUUCGUUAAGGCAAAUGUAGACUGCGACCCACCUUGCAUCGACCCGCGCUCAUCCCAGCUGAACAAUUUGAAAACUGUUCUGCCUUUUUGUUACAUGAAUCUGUCAGAAAUAUAUUUUUAAUUUAAUAUAAAUGAAAUUCAAUAAAAUAUGAAACAAAA